AUGGCCCUCUGUGUUGUGUUGUGUUGUGGGUAUUUUGGGAAUCUUUUUUUUUUCUUUUUUGCCUGGGUGCACCUUGCCGUUUUUCUCCCUCUCUCUCUCUCUGUUGUUGUCCGAGAGUAUUCGCGGUGGGAAAUGGAAACCUUGCCGCCGGCGUCGGCAAAUGGAGAGGCCGUGGUGUCCCGGAACCCUAUUUUAUUUGUUUCCUACAAUGAGAGCGGUGGUAGGCGUUAUACGGACGAUCUCUUCCCGCGUAAGGAUCGACGUGUGCUCGUCCUUUAUGUUGGCGGUACUAUUGGUAUGACAUGGACGGCAAAUGGUGUGCUGGAGCCGUGCAAGGGAUACCUGACGCAGGUGGUGCGGGGGAUGGGGGAGCUGCAGCAACGGCCGGAAAUUGCCCCGUUUGACAUUGUAGAGUACGACGAACUGCUUGACAGUAGCGACAUGGAUGGUCGUGACUACAUGCGUAUUGCCACGGAUGUGGCCCGUAAUUACGAUGCGUAUGACGGCUUCUUGAUUUUGCACGGGACGGACACGAUGCACUACACCGCCAGCGCGCUGAGUUUCCUGCUAAUGAAUCUUGCCAAACCCGUCCUGUUGACAGGCUCCAUGGUGCCGCUGGUUGAGCCGUAUAAUGAUGCCCGGCGCAAUAUUGUGGUCAGCCUCAUGCUGGCCUCAAAUCCCAGCAUUCGGGAGGUGUGUGUCUUCUUCAACGACUGUCUGCUGCGUGGAAACUGCUGCUGCAAGCUGCACCAUACAUUUGGGGCCUUCUGCAGCCCGAAUUACCCCGUACUGGGAAUGGUGGAGUCGACGGGCUUCCACCUUCGCGAGCAACUGCUGCUGCCGCAGCCGAGUGGACCACUGAAGGUGCAGUCCAACAUGCGAGGCCGCGUGGUGGUGUUUGCGCUACACGCCGAGUGUGAUAAGAAAGUGAUGAAGCAACUGCUGUUGGAGGACGAGGUCGCAGGAGGGACCCCGACAACAACGCCCCUCGCCGUGCAAGAGGAAUCGCCGUCCAGCAGCACCGAAGGAAAAGACAACAGCGAGGCGGACCCCGACAACCAGAAGAAAAGGAAAAAUACCCAAGAUGCUGAUAGUGUCGCUGGGGACGGCCGGCGAAUAAAUCCCGCCGUCGCCAACACAUGCCCAGGGCCGAAGAAAUUGAUGGAUGCGGUGUUGUUGGAAAUUGGUGGUGUUGGGGCGUUGAACAGCGAGUCCUCUUUGGUGCUACGUGAGUUGGCGAGUGUGGCCAAGGCGCGUGAUAUUGUCUUGUGUGCGACGGUGCAAGAGCCCUUUGGGAGCCUCUCAAAAUCGGAGAUCUGUCGGCUGCGUGGCGUCUCGCCAGAUCUCAUAUAUUUGCAUAUGACAACUGCGGCGGCGGAAACGAAGCUGAUGUACUUGUUUGGGAAGGGCCUUUCGCCGGCUGCCGUGAGGAAGCUGUUGCCACGCAACCUCCGUGGUGAGGUCACUCCAGGUGCAGCAUGCGAAGCCAACCUGUAA